AUGCCCCCCAAAUCCGACAGUGUGGAAGGUAUAUUGAACUCUUUUUCAGCUCUUCUUCUUCUUCUUCUAAUCGCGUUUUGUUCUUUCGCCUUCUUAUCUCGCGUUUGUGUUAUUCUUCGCGUGUUUCAUUGUUCUGCCGUCGGAGUUUCAUUCCACGUAGUAUUGGAUGGGACCACUUCCGCAGAAAUAUGGAGAAGAUUUACACUCCAUUUCUAUAACUAUUUUUCUGAGUAUUUUUCUCCCUCUAGAAAUCAAUGCUGCCUGUCAGUUUAGGUCGCAUUGAAUGCUCCGAUAUUUUGUGUCGCGAAAUGAUGUUAAAUUAAGCUUUAUUUUUAAAAUUUUUGGUGGUUAUUUUGUCUCGUUAAAACUUGGCUCACUUUCUUUGAAUUGGGUGGCAGGGAUUGUUCUGAACUAUGUCAAUGAGGUGAGCGUGCGGAACCUAGUUGGAGCUUCUGCCCUCGUGAUAGUGCUAAGUUUUUCUCCCGUCAUUUUCUUCGUUUUCUGGCUAACUCUCUGUAUACGUUGUUCCUUCCCCGAGCAGGCUCCCUUUAACUGCUUUUAUAUUUUUCAAAGUUUAUUUUUGCCUCGUUGGAUGUCGGAAAAGGCUUCCUAUAAGAUGGGUUUUUGAUCUGUUCUUACAUGGGAAGGGUUUAACUGAAGGUCAUGCCCAGUGACGAAUGAAUUGUGAAAUUGUGAUGAAACGCUGAAGGUCAUGCCCAAGAUGAUAACAUGCUAGGUGGUAGCGUGUUUUAUUCCAUGUGGAUCUAAUCAUAAGAUAAUAUCAUAGUUGUUGUUUGAGGACGGCAGAAGCUAUUGACCAUCUUUUCCCUCGGCUCCUUGGCAGCUCUGAGGCAGUGCUUGACGUAAAUCCCUGCUAGUAUAUCUCUCAUUACGUUAUCUGAUGCUGAUAGCAGUAUAUCCUACUAGAGUUCAUCAUGACUAAUGAGUUGCUUGUAACACUUUGGGAAGAUCUUAGCUGAUUAUUUUUUUCAUUGAUGAUGUUAAAAAUCAUUGAUUUGAGUUGACAGUACGCAUUAGUUUGAGCAGUAAAGGUGAUCGUAAGGAAAUGCUGUUUGAAUAGAUUACCAACUUUCUACUGUAAAAUUACUUUACAGCUCCUGUUUUGUUUUCCUCCUAUCCUACUGCAAAAUUCUUUAGCCUUCUUAAGUUUCUCUUCUUAUCCCUACUACAUAUCCUUUUGUUCUAAUUUUUUUGUCUCUCAAAAGACUUAUUUUGUGGCUCAAUUGAUGCCAAGUUUUCUUUGAUGACUAAUUUGAACUCUUAAACGCCGUCGAUCCCUAAUUAUUGUCUAUGUUUCGCUAGCGCUUUAUAGUUCCUUUUUUGUACCCCAGUGUCUCUGUUAGCGAAUUGGGAGACUUUCCGAACACAAUUAUAAAAUCUCUGCAAACUGUGGACCGUUAAUUUUCACAAGGAUUUGCCUCUAAUUUAACCCCAGUUAAAGUAACCAAAACUUUCUCCUCGUUGAAUGUGAUGUUUGAUGUGGAGUCUAUUUUUGUCAUAGAGAAUUAGCUUACGAAAUAUAUUACUAUGUAAUUAAAUUGCAAAACUGAGAACGAUCUAGUUGGUCAAAGUGGGUUAUUGCCUGCAAGCUUGAGAUGGACAUCACCGUAAAUAGGACCUGAAAUAAAAUGGAAAUUAGAUAAUUUUUUUCUAUAUCAUAAAUCAUUUUUACUGUUAAAUUUUCUCAAUGAUCGGAGAAUUCAAAAUGAUAUUAUUAAAUAUUUAUCAUUUUUUUAUGCUUCCCUUUUCAUGUUGUGAGCUGUAUCACACUGAUCAUGAUCGUCAAAAUCCGAAAGAUAAGGAUGAACAUUAUGUUUGAACUUAAAUUAUACUAGAAAGCAGACAAUGCUCCUGGUAGUUCAUUUUACCUGCCUACUCUCUUGAACUUCUUACAGCUCAUUUUUCUUCUAAGCAUGCUGUGCUACCAUGUUGAAGAAUGAGCUCAACUAAGUUUUUGUAAAACUAACCACAACAGUGAAUCCUUUGCAGCAUAUUGCCAGUCGUUUAUUGAUGGGAUAGGAUUAAGACGAUGGUAAUGGUUUUUACAAGGCACUGUCUUGUUGGAGACGGAAUGUAAAUUGGUUGGCAAUGUGUCUGUGCUGAUUCAAAUCCAGCGUGACCAAGAAAUUUGCCUGGCUGCUUUUUCUUUCAGUAUUGUAUGACCUCUUUUUUUGUAAGUAAAAAAGAAAUAACACGACUAUGCUCCAGUAAUAUUGAUCCCACUUCAGUUGGCAAUUGUUGGAUGAACACUGGAAAAUCAUUCCACUGUUUUAAGCCAACCAAGUUUAUUGUUAUCAUAAAAAUCCAUAAUUGGUCCCUGCCAUCUCCAUGAAUUCUAUGGCCAAAAAUUUCGUUUUCUGAUGGAAAUGGUAAAUAUUGUGUUAGUUGUGCUCACAAAAGUAGGUGGACCAGAUAUAUAGCCAGGUAUUGAUUGAUGGGACUAUACGAAACAUGAUGGCGUUUAUGAGACGUCUUUCAUGUUCCUUGGAGCAGUGAGGACGAAAGAAAAAAGAAGAUUCAGGUCGUGUCAGGACACGUGAUGAGUAUUAUUGGAUAAUAGUGGAAGAUCACUCACAAUUUUCAAGUCAGCAUAAAUGUUUAUGAUUAGAACGCUCGAUCGUCUGUCUCAAACUGUUUCCAUUAGCUAAGAUUGUGAAUUAUUAGCGUUAUUUCGAUGAAAUUAAGGCUCCAUAAAGUGAAGGAUAUUAAAAUAUAAAAUUUUCAAUUCAAUGGUUCUAACUAGCUUCAACAACCCAACUUUUUUCAAUGGUUGGAUAUGGUAAGAGUUGACUGUCAAAAUAGCUGGAUUUAAUUGUAUAGUUGCCACCAUUAUCGAUGGGGAAAAACUGGCUGACGUACAUCACAAUUCUGUUGUAUCAAGUCGCAAACGUGAUGAGCAUUUAUAAACUUUCUAAGCUAUGCUGUAUUUUUUUUUCUAUUUAGUAAAGUUUUUAGUUGAUAAUCAAGCUGAAUACCUGCUCUAUCUCAACUGACUUUUUCUAUGUUGCCGAGUAACCUAGGUUCUCUAAUGUCAUCACAACUUCUCUCGAAGGCAUCUUGAUUCAAAGUGGUUGGUUCUGUUUAGCUUCCAUAUACAUAAUUGUUCUUGUAACAAAUUUUCAUUUUGUUCUCAGCAAAAUAGGCCACUGAAUACUCAAAAUGUUGCCGAUGCACUGCAAAAGUACAAUCUCAAGAAGGCUGGUAUCCAGAAAGCGUUAGAUAGUCUGUCGGAUAGCGGACAGAUAUCAUUCAAGGAAUAUGGUAAACAGAAGAUAUACAUUGCCCGGCAAGACCAGUUUGACAUUCCCAAUGCUGAAGAGCUCGACCAGAUGAAGAAAGCAAACAGCGAACUUCAAGAAGAGCUCCAAAUUAAGAAUAAAACUAUUGCGGAAGUUGAUGCAGGUGGCAGUACUUCCAUUCUUCUUAGUGAAAAUUUUAACUCCACUCGAGCUAAUAUAUCUAUGGACGUUAUAAUGGCAGAAAUUCGAGUUCUCCAGUCAAAUUUAACUCUGGCUGAGAUACGAACAAAAGAAUCCAAGCUGAGAACAGAGGUAACAUAAUAGUCGCAUAUAUUUUAGUGUUUUUCAGUUUUAAAACCCCUAAUUCUUGUUAAAUUAUAAAAAACCUUCCUUUUCUGAUUCUCGUUCAAUCAGAAAUAGGUUGCCGAAAUCUGAUGUUUUUACAACCAGUUUUCUGUUGCCUGCUGUUAUCCCUAUCGCGACAAACAUUGUUUAAAGUUAGCUAGAACUUACUAGACAUAAGAAAUGAUUUUCUAGCUUCCAAUGAGCAAACAGCAUCACUCUAGAUCUAGCUCAGCCUGUAUUAGUUGCUCAGAUGAGGGGAUAAUUUCAAGUAAAAUCAAAAUGUCUUCUCCUCUCUCCUGCUUUUUAAAUUUCUCUCUCCUUUGGCUCUCUGUACGCUUUAUGGGGGAGGGGUUGGGUGUUGCGUGUUUGGGCCUAGCCGGUUGGAUUUCUCUCCUCAUGUGAUGUUGGGUGGAAGGAGAGCUGGUGUCGGAAUGGGCCCAGUAGAAUGCAGUCUUCCCUCCCAGAUAUGGAGGAAGUCGGGUCUUCUUUGACCACCCUGGGAGGGCUGGUCAGACUUGGUCCAUGGCCCCAGCUUUGAGGGACAUCGGAUCAGGCCAGGCCCUUGCUUAGAACUGAUUGCCAAAUAAGGAAAGUGUAUUUUAGUCAUUUAAAUGAUAGAACGACGCUUAGAAGCAUAUUCUAAGGGUAUUCAUUGUUUACAAUCCUCAUUCAACUCGGAUUUAUUUCUAACAUUAGAUUUCCUGCAUCUUCUUUCUCAAUCCAGCAAAAGUUCUUGUUUUUUUUUUUUUUUUGGAAGUCAUGGAUUUUUUCCUAAAGCCAAGAUAACCCUAACUACAGACUGUAACGCACCGAAAAAUUAAUACUCUGAACGAUGCAAAAGAUUAUAUUCAGUCUCUUUUACCCAUGUCCAGGUGAAAGAAAUGGAGGAAAAAUUGAAGAUCUUAGGUGAGGGCACCCAGCUGGUUAAUCCAGAGGAAAGGAAUUCUGUGGAGGAGACAUAUUUGGCGAAAAUUAAUCAGUGGAGGAAGCGUAAAAGGAUGUUCAAGGAGCUAUGGGAUGCCAUAACGGAGAACUCGCCCAAGGACUUGAAAGAAUUGAAGGUUCUCCUUCUGCACAGUUCUAUCCAGACGGCUUAGCAAUCUCCUAAGCCUGGUUAUAUUUUAUUCGCAGGAGGAGCUGGGAAUUGAGUAUGAUGAAGAUGUUGGGACAAGUUUCCAGUCCUUCAGCGAAUUGCUGGCAAACGGCAAAAAGAGGAAGAUACGAUGA